GGCCGCGGGCGGCGAGCGUGGGACCGGCGGUGGCGGCGCUCGGUGGGCUGACCGACUCCUGUUUGCUUGGCUCCAGUCUCCGUCUCCGAGCCCGCGGGCCCCGAUGAGAAGCGCCCCUGCGCUGCCGGACUGACGCCUCGCCGCCCUCCCCGCGGACGAGGAGGAGCGCGGCGCCCCCGAGCGCGGCCGCCCCUGCACCGCCCGCCCUCCCUUCCCUCCCUCCCGGCGGGGCUCGUCUGCCGCCUGCGGGGCGGGCGGCGCGGCCGUGACAGCGCGGCGGCGGCGAGGCCGGGGCAGCGGGAGCGCCGCCGCCGAGGACCAUGAGGAAAUUUAACAUCAGGAAGGUGCUGGACGGCCUGACGGCGGUCUCUGCCGUCGCCUCGGCGUCGUCCGCCGCGCAGCAGCAGCAGGCGGGGAACCGGGAGACCGAAAUCCAGGAGACGCUCCAGUCCGAGCACUUCCAGCUCUGCAAGACUGUACGCCACGGUUUCCCCUAUCAACCUUCAGCCUUGGCAUUUGAUCCUGUUCAGAAAAUACUGGCCAUUGGGACUCAGACUGGAGCACUAAGGCUCUUUGGUCGGCCAGGAGUUGAAUGCUACUGUCAACAUGACAGUGGAGCUGCAGUAAUCCAACUUCAGUUCCUGAUUAAUGAGGGAGCUCUUGUGAGUGCCUUGGCUGAUGACACCUUGCACCUGUGGAACUUGCGCCAGAAGAGGCCGGCUAUACUUCAUUCGCUCAAAUUUAACCGGGAACGGAUAACAUUUUGUCACCUGCCUUUCCAAAGCAAAUGGCUGUAUGUGGGCACUGAAAGAGGAAACAUUCACAUUGUCAAUGUGGAAUCAUUUACUCUCUCAGGCUAUGUCAUCAUGUGGAAUAAAGCCAUUGAACUGUCAUCCAAAUCUCACCCAGGACCUGUUGUCCACAUUAGUGACAAUCCAAUGGAUGAAGGAAAGCUUCUGAUUGGCUUUGAAUCUGGGACGGUGGUAUUAUGGGACCUGAAGUCAAAGAAGGCAGAUUACAGAUAUACACAUGAUGAGGCUAUCCACUCUGUGGCUUGGCAUCAUGAAGGAAAACAAUUCAUUUGUAGUCACUCAGAUGGUACCUUGACCAUAUGGAAUGUAAAAUCUCCUACCAAACCGUUCCAGACAAUCACUCCACACGGAAAGCAGCUGAAGGAUGGAAAGAAGCCAGAACCCUGCAAACCUAUCCUUAAGGUGGAAUAUAAAACAACUAGAGCUGGGGAGCCUUUCAUCAUUCUCUCAGGCGGCUUGUCAUAUGACACUGUAGGAAGAAGACCCUGUUUAACAGUCAUGCAUGGGAAAAGUACUGCUGUGCUAGAAAUGGAUUAUUCUAUUGUUGAUUUUCUAACCCUGUGUGAAACACCAUAUCCUAAUGACUUUCAGGAACCAUAUGCUGUAGUUGUUCUCCUAGAAAAGGACUUAGUACUGAUUGACCUUGCACAAAAUGGGUAUCCUAUAUUUGAGAAUCCCUAUCCUUUGACUAUACAUGAGUCUCCAGUUACCUGUUGUGAAUAUUUUGCUGAUUGUCCUGUGGAUCUCAUACCUGCGCUCUAUUCAGUUGGUGCUCGACAGAAACGUCAAGGCUACAGUAAGAAGGAAUGGCCUAUCAGUGGAGGCAACUGGGGUGUGAUCACUCAGAGCUAUUCAGAGAUCAUUAUUACAGGGCAUGCUGAUGGAUCAAUCAAGUUUUGGGAUGCAUCAGCAAUAACGCUGCAAGUACUCUAUAAGCUAAAAACAGCCAAAGUAUUUGAAAAAUCACGGAAUAAAGAUGAGAAGCCAAACACAGAUAUAGUUGAUGAAGAUCCAUAUGCUAUUCAGAUCAUCUCAUGGUGUGCAGAAAGUAGAAUGCUGUGCAUAGCUGGAGUUUCUGCACAUGUCAUUAUUUACAGGUUCAGCAAGCAGGAAGUGACCACAGAAGUCAUUCCGAUGCUGGAAGUACGUCUCCUAUAUGAAAUAAAUGAUGUUGAAACUCCAGAUGGUGAGCAGGUGCCACCUGUACCAACUCCAGGCACAGGUUCCAAUCCCCAAUCCAUUGUUCCCCAGUCUCAUCCAUCUACUAGUAGCAGUUCAUCUGAUGGACUUCGUGAUAAUGUCCCAUGUUUAAAAGUCAAAAAUUCUCCUCUCAAGCAGUCUCCAGGCUACCAAAUUGAGCUCGUUAUCCAGCUGGUGUGGGUGAGUGGGGAACCUCCUCAACAGAUAACCAGCCUAGCCAUCAACUCAGCAUAUGGCCUAGUAGUUUUUGGAAACUGUAAUGGUAUUGCCAUGGUUGAUUACCUCCAGAAGACAGUGCUCCUGAAUCUAGGCACUAUUGAACUGUAUGGCUCCAAUGAUCCCUAUCGCAGGGAGCCACGAUCUCCCCGAAAAACUCGGCAGCCAUCUGGAGCAGGUCUGUGUGAUAUAAAUGAAGGUACGGUGGUGCCAGAAGACCGCUGCAAGUCACCCACGUCAGGUUCUGGUUCACCAAACAAUUCUGAUGAUGAACAAAAAAUGAAUAAUUUUAUAGAAAAGGUGAAGACCAAAAGCAGAAAGUUUUCCAAGAUGGUAACCAAUGACAUAGCAAAGAUGUCCAGGAAGCUAAGUUUGCCAACUGAGUUAAAGCCUGAUUUAGAUGUCAAAGACAACUCUUUCAGUCGAUCCCGGAGUUCUAGUGUAACUAGCAUUGAUAAAGAGUCACGCGAGGCAAUUUCAGCUCUUCAUUUUUGUGAGACUUUCACAAGAAAGGCUGAUACAUCGCCUUCCCCAUGCCUGUGGGUUGGGACCACACUGGGUACAGUGCUUGUCAUUGCACUGAACUUACCCCCAGGAGGAGAGCAAAGACUUCUUCAGCCAGUAAUCGUUUCUCCUAGUGGAACCAUCCUGAGGCUAAAAGGGGCAAUCUUGAGAAUGGCUUUUUUGGACACCACAGGAUCUUUGGUCCCACCAGCACAUGAAACCUGGAGAGAACACUAUGAAGAUAAAGAUGAAAAAGAAAAAGCAAAAAAGCGACGACCUGUCUCAGUGUCCCCUUCUUCCUCUCAGGAAAUCAGUGAAAACCAAUAUGCAGUGAUAUGUUCUGAAAAGCAAGCAAAAGUUAUCUCACUGCCAUCCCAGAACUGUAUUUAUAAGCAAAAUAUAACAGAGACUUCUUUUGUUCUUCGUGGAGACAUAGUGUCGUUGAGUAACAGUAUCUGCCUUGCAUGUUUUUGUGCCAAUGGACAUAUUAUGACUUUUAGUUUGCCAAGUUUAAGGCCAUUGUUGGAUGUAUAUUACCUGCCACUCACCAAUAUGCGGAUAGCCAGAACGUUCUGCUUCACUGAUAAUGGACAAGCACUCUAUCUUGUCUCACCAACUGAAAUACAGAGGCUCACCUACAGCCAAGAAACAUGUGAAAAUCUUCAGGAAAUGUUGGGUGAGCUCUUCACUCUUGUAGAAACACCAGAAGCACCAAACAGGGGGUUCUUCAAAGGCCUGUUCGGAGGUGGGGCACAGUCACUUGACAGAGAAGAACUCUUUGGAGAAUCAGCAUCUGGGAAGGCAUCAAGGAGUCUUGCCCAGCAUAUUCCAGGACCUGGGGGUAUCGAAGGUGUCAAAGGAGCAGCAUCUGGUGUAGUUGGUGAACUGGCACGAGCCCGGUUGGCACUGGAUGAAAGAGGACAGAAGCUGGGAGAACUGGAAGAAAAAACUGCAGCUAUGCUUUACAGUGCUGAUUCUUUCUCAAAACACGCUCACGAGAUGAUGUUGAAGUACAAAGACAAGAAGUGGUACCAAUUCUGAUGACUCUCAUCAACCACAUCUUUAAUUUUGUCCUGAUGAAAAAAUCUUGUUUUUUCAUUACUUUUGGCAGGACCACUGAAAUUUAAAGGAGUAUUCACCAUUGGAUACUGUUGUUUCCUAGCACAAAUGACACACUGUUUUACCUCAGUCCUGGCUUUAACUGAGGAGCUUUAUAUCUAAGAAACACACACAAAAAAAGAAACUUGAGUGUUUCUUAGCUGUUGGUUAGCAUAAAGUUGGAACAGAGAAGGUAGCUGGAACAUGUGGAAAAGAGAGUAAAAGGAAAUCGUGGUGAGAUGGGCAGGGGCAAUGCAGGGUCAAUCCUGUGUUAAUAUUUCAUAUGCCAAAAGUUUUUGUGCUAUUGUAAUUGCUGCCAGUGUUAUACCCUCCUGUAAGGAGAGGCAAUAAAUCAGGGGUCCAAGAGCUGGAAUCAAGCUGUUUGUCUUGCUGGACAGUAGCUGACUUACAAUUACCCUCUCUAGGACUCUGUAUUUACCAUUAUUGUUGAAGAAGAGCUGAAGUUUCCUGUCACUUCAUUCAUUUUAAAAGCUGGAAGCUUGGAAGAUUUCUUAUUGAAAAUUGUAUACAUAGUUGACCUGUGCAUAGUCUUUUCUUGGACCCCUGAUCUAGUAUUCUUGUAUUCACAUCAUAUUGUGUGACGUGCAAAACAAAAGAAUACGUAAUUUUUGCAUUAAAAAGUCAAGUGAAUAAUAUGA